AUGCCUUCAUUAACAGCCUACACGCCUUAUGAGACGCUUGCCUUCUGCCAGUCUGUUGCCCGCCAUGGCUCCGACCCAGUGGCCUUUGAGACCAUCGCGAAAUCUCUGAACGCAAACCAAUUGAUUCGCGAGAACCUCACCUACGACCAUGCUCGAUUAACGGCGGCCGCUCUCGAAGCAUUAUACCAAGAUUUGCUGGUGGAAGAACGAAACGCCGAUGCUCUUACGGUCAAUGGCGACAAUGUCAACCCGCGCAAACGAAAGCUGUCCACGUCUCCUCCUCCUGACAACAAUGAGCCUGCCGAGGAGAGAGUACUGCAAUCCCUGGUCGACAAGUUGUAUGCUCGGUUUCGGGAGCAGACCAUCAAAGAGAUACGCGCGGAAGAGGAGGCUUAUGCAGAAAUCGAGGCCCAGAUAACCGAGCUCGAGAAGAAGGUUGCAAACGAGCAACAAACGCGUGGCACUGUCGAAGAGGUCAAGGGUGAAAGCCAAACGGCUGUCCAUCAAGUCGAAGGCGGUGCGCCCAGCGUCUCAGACCCUCGACCGAGUCCCGACGCAGCGGCAGCUCAGCUACAUGCCAGUCUCGGUGCAAGUCGAGCUGAGCCGGUAGUGCCGACAGCAGAGGUGUCACCUACAGAGGCGACACUAUCGCCUUCGUCGAUUCGAAGUGGUCAACAGCGCCCUGUGGUAGCCUCGGCCUCUCCAGCACCGUCCACGCCCAGUGUCUCUUCCGCCACACAAGCAGCCGAAUCCGCUCAAGCUCGAGCCUCACAGCCUCCGGGACAUGCUCACCGUAGGUCUCCAGGAGGGUUCCAUCGUACUCUUCCAGCACCAUCGCCCCAGCGACCGAACUAUGGCCCAAUCAAUCCGCAACAUUUCCAACCUGGGCCACAGGGGCAUCCGGUCCCAGUGCUGCCGGGCAUGCCAGGAAUGCCUCACAUGCCUCCGCCGGCAGAAUUUCCAGGCCAAAAACGGAGCAGUUCGUCGUCUGGUGCUGGCAGAGGGUCCCCGAUCCCGAUGCCGCCUCAGCAGGCCUAUCCAGGCUAUCCAGGCUAUCCGCCACCUCCUUGGCCUCAUCAAAUCCCUCCACCGCACCAAUAUCAACCGCCAUACGGAAAUCCACAGUACUAUGUGCAAUCGCCAACUGGACGACCUGGGAUCCCAUACCAAACUCCCCACCACCCCGCGUACCAGGCGUAUCCUCAGAGUGCACCCCUUCAUUACCCGAGUCAACCACCUCCACCUCACGGUUGGCAUCCUCAGCCUGGUCAGCCAUACUACGGGUACCAUGGAUCUGCAAAUGUCACGCCGGUCCCUCGCACCGAUGCUAGGCGGCAGGUGUUGCGAGGCAGGUCCUCGACGCCUUGGAAGAGACGCGCGGAGGCAUCGACGCGCAUUCGCCAGUCGAGCCCUGUUCGACCGGAGAGAGAUGUCAGCCCUCUUACAGACACUGAAUCUCCUGCCCAACCCCGCAAGGUUCGGAAAUCCCCCCAGAGAAAGGGUCGGAGGUCGGGCGGGAAUUUGUUGUUGGCACCAGAAGCCGCAACAGCAAGAGGCAGACAGGUGGCAAGUGUUACCCCAGCCGCGGUUGCAGAGUCUACGUCUGGAUCAAUGGCAUCCUUGACGUCAGAUCCUCCUCCAGAGAAACGCAAGAGAGGGCGUCCACCUCAGAAGAUCAAAGCUGAACCUCCGAGUACACCUGCCCCUGUAUUUUCGGACAGUGAGCAGGCGCAGCGCACAUCCAACAGAUCUCAGAACGGUGCCGUGACUUGGGCGAACGACCCGAUCAGGAAUACCACUGCUGCUACGAAGCGCAAGCGUUCGCCCGAAAGAGACUCUGUAACUCCUAGGUUACCGUCUCCUGCCCCCGCUCAAUUACCACAGCGUAUCCCGCGGGACUCUUCGCUGGUCACUGUUUCAAGAAAUUUUGCCAAAACCUCUCAACUUCUCCUCAGUGAAAUUCUCUCGCAUAAGCUCGCGGGAAUAUUCGCCAAACCUCUGUCAGAACGCGAUGCUCCAGGUUACAAGGAUCUGGUUUUCCGUCCGCAGGAUCUCAAGAGCAUCAAAGCCGCCAUUUCGAGAGGAGGGAAGGCCGCCUUGGCCGCAAUCGAAGCUCUCGAUGGUGAAGAUCAAAGUAACGAGGAAGCCCCUCCGAAGUCAGCGUCUUCUCCAACAUCAGAGGCUCGUGAAGGCCCUGUGGGUAGUGGCUUUUACCUGGUGAAGGCUUCAGAAGACUUGGUCCCGCCUCGCGGUAUCGUCAAUCCUUCACAACUCGAGAUGGAGUUGGUGAGAAUGUUUGCCAAUGCGAUUAUGUUCAAUCCUCUCCCGAGCUCGGACCGAGGGUUCGGAAGGUCCCUUCGACUCAGGAAGGAUCAGCCAGACAAACAUUCAGAUGGAGACACAAGCGAUGACUCGGCAUCAAGCGAACAAGGGACUCGCCCCGACGAAGGCGGCAUCAUCUCCGACACUCGAGAAAUGUUUGAAGGCGUCCUCGCCCAAAUUCGCAAAUGGCGUGAGGAUGUGGAGAGAUUGGGCGCCGAUGACGGCUCCAGGGCUGUGCAGCCUCCUGGGUCGUUUGGCGGACAGCAUAGCAGUGCAAAUGCCAGUGUCAGGCACUCUAGCGUCGGUUCAGCUUUGAAUGAGGAUGAAGGAGGGAGAGAAGCUUCAACGCCCGUUCCUACCACAGGUACGGCCAGAAAGAGGAGGCGAAUAGCGGAAAGUUGA